GAAGACUGUGUCCAACUCCAAGGGCUGUCGUAUCCUCAUGUAACUCAUUCAUGGGAAAUCAUUUUUAUACACCACUUCAAGCCUUCUGGAAACCAACGAGAAGAAAGGAAGGUGAGGUGGGAGGACCCCACCUGUAAAUGGCACAUGUUUCACACUGACAGAGAUGGGGAAAGUGGCUUUUUUAUGAUGCUGCGAUUUAUAUAUUAUUUUAAACUGGCAUAUGCUUUUCGCAGGCUUUUAAAGGGAAAACAGCACAAGCACUAACGUUGGAGACAAGCCUCAGAAAUGGAGGCCAAAUCUUGGUCCAGUUUUCAGAAAGCUCUGAUGCAACCAGUAAAAAUGUGUUUCUUGGAUUUUCCUGUCCUAAUGCUAGAUGAUACGAGCUCGGCUCAGGAGAUUGGAGAAGAGGUGGAAAAUGGUGCUGUUUACACAAUCACGCUUAGAAAAGUACAGGUUCAUCAUACGGUCAACAAAGGACAGAGAUGGCUUGGGUUUGAAAAUGAAUCUGCUCUGAAUGUAUAUGAAACUUGCAAAGUUCGAACAAUCAAAGCUGGAACAUUGGAAAAAUUGGUUGAAUACUUAGUGUCUGCUUUUAGAGGCAAUGACUCCACUUAUGUGACCAUCUUUUUGUGCACAUAUCGGGCAUUUGCUACCACCAAGCAAGUCUUGGAUCUGCUGCUAAACAGGUAUGGAAAACUGCACCAUCAAACAAAUGGAGAAUGUUCCAAACGAACAGAUGAUCGGAUAGAACUCAAAAAUACCAUUUCCUCAAUCCUGGGUGCCUGGCUGGAAAAGUACUCUGAAGAUUUUCGGAAACCCCCAGAUUACUCCUGUUUAAAGCAGUUAAUUUCCUACAUACACAUUAACUUCCCUGGAUCUGAUUUGGAGAGGAAGGCCUGCAGCUUACUAGACCACUUCCUAAGCCAAGGAGUCACGUUGGCAGAGCAGGAUGUAUUGGAACCUGCAGCUUGUACGUUUACAUUGGUGGAAGACAAUGGGUUGGAGGAGCUGAAGCCAGAUUUUUUGUCCUUUUCACCAGAGAUGGUCGCAGAACAGUUCACACUGAUGGAUGCUGAACUCUUUAAGAAAGUGGUCCCUUACCAUUGCUUGGGUUGCAUCUGGUCACAGAGGGAUAAGAAAGGGAAAGAGCACCUGGCUCCCACAAUCCGUGCCACUGUUUCCCAAUUUAACAGAGUUACUAACUGUGUCAUCGCCACCUGUCUAAGUGACAAGAACCUGAAGCCUCAGCAAAGAGCCAAAAUUGUUGAGCGAUGGAUUGAAGUGGCCCGGGAGUGUCGAAUUCUGAAAAAUUUCUCCUCCCUACGGGCAAUUCUUUCUGCUCUCCAGUGUAACUCGGUGCACAGAUUGAAAAAAACGUGGGAUGAGGUUUCAAGGGAGAAUUUCCGAAUAUUCCAUGAGCUAUCUGAGAUCUUCUCCGAUGAAAAUAACCAUUCCCUUAGCAGAGAGCUCCUAAUUAAAGAAGGCACUUCAAAAUUUGCUACACUAGAGAUCAACCCGAAGAGGGCACUGAGGAGGCAACAACAGCAAAGAGAACUGGGUGUGAUGCAAGGAACAAUUCCUUAUCUGGGAACAUUCCUCACAGAUCUUGUCAUGUUAGACACCGCAAUGAAAGACCAUUUCGAGGGUGGUUUGAUCAACUUUGAAAAGAGGCGAAAGGAGUUUGAAGUCAUUGCCCAGAUCAAGUUACUUCAGUUAGCAUCCAAUAAUUACAACUUCACACAGGACGAUCGGUUUGUUGAGUGGUUCAGUGGAGUAGAACAACUUACUGAGGCUGAAAGUUACAAUUUCUCCUGUGAGAUUGAGCCACUGUCAGAGUCUGCAAGCAACACACUGAAGGCAAAGAAAAAUACAGGCAUUAUCAAACGCUGGAGCGAUCGACAAGCCCCAAAUGCAGAGCCUUCUGCUAGUGGCAGCACCCACUCCAAGUCAUUUGACCAGCUGAAGUAUGGACAGUACCUCUGUAGUGGAGACAAAGCAGACUGUGUGAGCGUAACUUCUGCUGGGUCCAGCAGCUCAGAUGUGGAAGAAAUAAACAUCAGCUUCAUUUCUGAGUCUCCAGAUUCCCAGGAGAAAAAGUUUUGGGAGUCUACAUCUCUGUCAUCUUUGGAUACGUCUGGAAUCGGGUCAGGUUCAAGCAGUGCCUCGUCAUCAUCAAUGUCAUCAACCCCUGUCACAGCAUCCCGAAACCAUAAGCGCUCUGUCUCAGGAAUAUCCAGCUACUCCUCUCUGUCACUCCCUCUCUAUAACCAGCAGAUCGACGACUGCUGCAUCAUUCGGGUCAGCUUGGAUGUGGAUAACGGAAACAUGUACAAGAGCAUACUAGUAACGAGUCAGGAUAAGACUCCUGUGGUUAUAAGAAAGGCCAUGGCAAAACACAAUCUAGACACUGACCGACCUGAAGAAUAUGAACUGGUACAGAUCAUCUCUGAGGAAAAAGAAUUAAAAAUACCGGACAAUGCCAAUGUGUUCUAUGCCAUGAACUCUACUGCCAAUUAUGACUUUAUCCUGAAGAGGAGGGGUUAUUCCAAAGGAGCUAAAACGAAACCCGUCUCCAGUUCCACCCUCCCACGGAUGAAACAGAAGGGCCUAAAGAUCGCCAAAGGCAUCUUCUAAUUACUGGAACACUUCAGAAAUGAACUUACAGUGGUGACACUACUAUAUUUCUUUAACCAGUAUUGACCAGAGAAAAAAAUGUGCAAUAAUAGCUGCUCAAAAGCUAUGAAGGUCAGAACUGUGGAACAGCACUUAAAAGCAAAUGUUUAAUGGAUGCCCAGUGAGGAAAAACCAGACGUGAGGAAAUGUUAAUGACUGUGCGAGGAAGUGAUCAGCUGGAACUGUUUGUACGCUUUGGAUUUGUGCCACAAUUAUUGUUCAAUGGAGUGCUUCUUUUUGAAAAGUGUGGAUGAAUUUUGGUAUGAAGUUGAUGACACUGAUGCAGGAUAUUAAUGUGCUGAAGGUAUUUUUCAUACCCUGAUUGAAUUAUCCUUUUUUGUGAACGUUGCACGGGUGUAUUUCUUUUCUUUUUGUUUUCCCAGUGAAAACUUGACAAAUGAAAAGUGCACUAAUUGUGAUUAUUGAGAAAACCGUUACUAUGAUGAACAUUUAGAGUGAGGAAGCAUUCUUCACCCUUUCCUUUGCAAUGCCUUAGUGCCUUUGAGGCCUCCUCUCCCUGUCUUGCAAAGAUACAAAUUCUACACGAAGUCAGUCAGUGCUGCAAAGAUUGUGCCACUUAAGGGUAAAAAAAUGUUGCUUGCUGCUCAGGGAAGUGUUGAUGGUAGUUGUUCCAUGAUUACAAAAGGACUUGUCUGAAGACAUUGGGGUAAUUACACUCCGAUAUGAAAGAAAGUGACCAGGUCAGAUUGACAGCUGUAACAGGGACUUCCUGGAGAUGUGUUUGAGUCACUUAGCAGGGAUAAGAUAGCCUUGAUAUUUUGACUGGGACUUUUUUUUCUUUUUUGUACAUCACGAGGCUACCUUUUCCAUAAUAUUGCAAGGGUUUGGUUGGGCUUGUUAUGAACAUUUAUACACCAUUCCAACCUGUUAUGCAACUGCCUAGUAAUAAAGGAAAAGGCAUUAUGUGAAGAAACACUUCUGUGUGUGUUCAGACUAUAAAAUUGUGAUUUCAUACAAAAAAAAAAAAAAAAAAAAAAACAAACUGCACCAAAGAUCAGAAUAAGCAAAGCUGGCUAAAGACAUCUCACCGAGGAAGAAGGGUAAUUUUCUACAAGUUGAAGCAAGACCACCUGAACAGAAGAUGUCUACAAGUGAAAAAACAAACUUUUCUAUAAACAAGAAGUGCCAUUUUAGUGGCUUAAAUGACACAUUUUUUUCAUUUGGUUGCAAAGAUAUCUUUUUGUAAAUGUGUUUUGGGGGGGUUUGUAAAUAUUUUUUAUUUACAGUGUUUUACAGUAUUUAUUGGUUGUAAAUAAUGGUAAUAAUUAGAAAUGUAAAUUUACUAAAGUUAUUAAGCUAAUAUAUGACAUUUUCAAAAAGUUUUAUUUAAGUUGUAGGUGAUCCUGUACAGUACAAAUUGUAUACCUUUUAGAGUACAAUGUCUUUGUUUUAUGUUUUGGUUACCAUUGAAGGGGAACUGCUUAUGAACUGACAGUAGUUAUUUGUACAGUAACAAACACUAAAUUGGAGUGACUUUAAAACACUAA